AUGAAGGACUCACACCUCCAAGCUCUCAUCAUUGUCCUCGCGACCGUGGUUCCCGUCACCGCCAUCACCGCAGUCGGAUGUUUCCUCUACCGCCGUAACCGCCAACGUCGAUUUCUCUUCCUGAACAGAGGCAUCACCCCCAUCGGCGACGAGGAAAUUGAGUCAUGGAAGAAGGACAGGAACCAAGAAAAGGCACGCAUCAUCGAGGCUGCUAACAAUGAUCUGGAGCGACAACUCCAGCAUCAGAGACAAAAGAGCACAUCGUUUAGUUCCAUACGCAAACCUCUAAGUGUUAUUGUCUACGAUCGUCCUCAUCCCCGAGUCUCUGAGGAACUCUCACCACGCUCACUUCACCACAAGCACAGCAUCGACACCCCUUCAACCCCAGUCGUUGCCCGUGCUCCCAAUUCUCGCCCCGGUCUGACUGAUGAGGCCGUCCAGGGUGAAGAUGCCUUCAUCCCACCUGUGAAGCGUCAGCCUUCACGAUUAGCCAAGCUUCCCCCCUCUGCUCGCCACAGUCGAACUCGCAGCAGCCGCAGCAGCACCAUGAGUGCAGUAUCACCCCGUGAUCCCUGGCACGGUCACUAUCCCGAUGCCUUCUUCGGCACUCGCAGUUCCAGCGAAUACCUACCCAGAGCAAAUCGGUCAUUAGACAUUCGACGGCAGCACCAGCGAAUGCAUUCCAUGUCAAACAUGAACCGACUCUCAUUCGACGACGAAGCCUUCCUGGGAGGUCUCUCACCGCGACCUUUGAUCCGCAAAUCAGAGAUUGGCAGGGCCAUCGGCUGA